CCACACAGAAAGUACUUUGCUUGACAGACCUUCUGCACUGAAGUAUAUCAAGUUCCAACAUGGGCUUGAAAAUAAAAGGAUUGAGCUUGGUCGCAUUUGUGGCUGUAUUGGGAUAUCUGUACAGGGACACCUUUGAUCCAGCAAGCCUUUUGGACGCUAGGGUUCUAGUUACUGGUGCCAGCACUGGCAUUGGGGCAGAGAUGGCAUAUAACUAUGCCAGAGCUGGAGCACAUCUUGUACUGACUGCAAGGAGGGAAAGUGUUCUGGCCACGGUGAGAAGUAGGUGUCUGGAGCUUGGGGCAAAGAACGUGUCUCUGGUUGUUGCUGACAUGGGAUCACCAGAGGCUCGGGAGAGAAUUGUGGAAAAAGCCAUCAUUGAUAUGGGAGGUUUGGAUUACCUGGUGUUAAAUCACAUUGGCUCUACCCCGUUUCAGAUGUGGGAUGGCGAUAUAAAUCACACAAGAUGGCUAAUGGAGGUUUGUAUCCCUGCUUGCAUAUGUAGAAAAUACAUUCUUUGUUUAAUGGGAACCUGUCAACAGUUUCAGCUGACAGCUGACAGUGGGCAGAAUGAAAUCCCAAUAGGGUCCCUCAUUAUAGAGAUCUAA